AUGACAGAAGUCUCAACACCUACCAAUGAAUUCCCAAAUACUGAAAGCGUUGAUGAACUAUUCACAAAGUUAAGCAUACCAGAACUACAACAGAAAUCAACAAAAUACAAGUCAAUUAUAAAUAAUACCAAGAAUGAAUUACAUGAUUUAGUUAGUAAUAAAUACAGAGAUCUUAUCAAAAUUGCAGAAGACAUAAGUGUUGUUCAACAACAGACUUCACAAAUUGAUGGAAAUUUGCAAGAAUUAUCUUACAAACCGUCUGCUUUUGUUUCACCGUAUAAUGAUAAAUCUCAAAAAUUCAACAAUUAUUUAAUCAAUAAUCAAGCCUUAAAAAUUCAACAAAAUACUAGAUCAAUAGUCGUUAAAAAUAUUUUACAGAAGAGAUUAAACAAAUUAAAUAGUAAAAUAAGUCAUCAUGGACCAAGUCCUUUAUUGCAUACUUCACAUUUUAUUUCAUUCGUUCAAGAAUUAUAUACUAUUAAUACUGUGUUUCAAGAUGUAUUGGAAAAAGACAAAUCUGUUCUACUACAGUUACAACUGGUCAAAAACAAUUUAUUAGAAUAUUUCAAAUUUGAAAUGAAGGUAUAUAAAGUAAGUGAAUCAAUAUUGAGUUCAAGUGAUAAAUUUCGUUCAAGUCAAAGAUUGAGCGAAGAAGAUUUAAUAAAGUCAGACUCGAAUCAAGACGAUGACAUUUUUGAAGAUGAAGAAAAUGACUCAGAUGAAGACGAAAAUAAGAAUCUGAAAUUUGAUAUGAUCAGUAGCUCGAAGUUAAACCUGGCUGAUCAAAAUACACUGCCUUUAUGCAACUAUUUAGUAUGUUAUACGAUACUAGAAAAUGAGAUUGGCAAUAGUAGUAAAAUCAGGGAAGACUUUUUGAAAUUCAGAAUCGCUUAUAUUAGUCAUUUAAUCACUACACUAAAACCGAAAAAUAAUAUCAAUUUUUAUACAUUGUUCAAAUAUUUGGAAAAUACUUGUAGAUAUGUCAAAUCUUAUUUCGAGGAGAAUGGUGAUUAUUUCAGAUUAAUUAAUAACAUUAACAAACCAUGGAGUGUCACUUCGAUGGUAGGAUUUAAGGAUUGGUUAGAGGAUACUAUACUUGAAUUCGAGGUCAAGGAAACAGAAACAACCGAAUCCAAUAGCUUGCAACAAAACAUUAUAUCCUUUUUACGGGACUCAUCAUUGGUAUCUUGGACAAGUAACGAAAAAAUUAUUUCAUUUGAGGAAGUAUUAAAAUUUGUUAAUAACUUUUAUGAGUAUUUUAUUAGUCUUAAAAAAUUAGAAGAAAAUAUGGAAUUCUCUGGGGUAAAUUCAAACUUAAUUGAAAUAAUAUCAAAUACAAACUUACUUGGAGAACUUACUGAAACAUUAAUAUCAACCAUAAGAAUAUUUUGUCAACAGCAUAUAUCAACUUUAAAUGAUGUGAAUGGGAUUUAUGGAUCUUUAAAACAAUUAUUAUCAAAUCCAAUUUCAUCAAAAACCAAUAAAUUUGGAUUUGAUCUUGAAUUUGUAAAUUUAAUGGAUUAUAAUGUUGAUGAUUAUAUUUCAAAUGUUUCAAAUCAAACAAGCUUAAAUUUUUCAACUAAAGUAACACAAGAUUUGCAUGAUUGGAUACAUCAUUUUAAUAAAAUACGUCAAUUGACAAAUUUGGAACAAGAAGUGCUGUACUCGAUUACUUCACAAGAGCCUCAAUCUACUGAUCUUCCUCGUCUUUACCAGACCCUUAAAAACGAUGAGGUCAUAUGGGGAGAAUUUUCAUCCAAUACUUUAAAGUCUGGUUUUGAAGAACUUUACAAAGAAAUUAUAACACUAUUUGAGAAAGAAGUAUUGCAAUUAUGUGAUUCAAUUGAAAAAUUGAGUAACGAUCAAGAUAAAGUUGACAAACUAUUCUUCUUAUUAGGAUUAAUACAUGAUCUUGACACAGGUAUAGAUUCAAACACAAUUGAUUACAGUAAAAUUACAAAAAGGAUGAAUGGUGUUAUAACGAAAAUUUAUGAAAAAAUUAUUAAACUUAUUUUUGACUCAGAAAUAAACGAAGCAAUAGACCAAAAUGUACAAGAAAUAUUGAAGUUAGAAGGAAACGAAAUACCAACAACGCCAAGUCUUCGUUUUGCUCUGACGUUAUAUGAACUUGCUCAAAAUUUAUUAACUCGCUCAUCCACUAUUGAGGCUCGAAAUAUAAACACAUUCAUUAAAGAUCCUACUCUGAAUUUAUUUAUUGAAAUAAAAAAUAACUGGAUAAAAAGUUUAGCUGAAAAGUAUUUCGAAACUGUUAUUGACAAAAUUGAAGAGGCUAGAAGUUCGGUCACUGAAGAAACAGAGUCACAAGGGUAUAAAAUCACUAAAACUCAAGGCUUAAAAAUAUUAGCAAAUCAAAUAUUUAUAUUACAAUUUAAUCAUACUUCCAUUGAAAAAUUGAAUUUCAAAACUCAAAUUCUGAAGCUAGCAGAAUUUUGUGAGUCUGCUAUUGACGAAAAUUCAUUAAAAGUUACCAUCAGCGAAGUUUCAUCAUACUUCAAAUCCAAAAAAAAUAUUUAUUUACCAUUACUGUUAAAUAUUGAAAAUUAA